AUGCUGAAGAAAAAUUUGGAUACAUGUAUUGAGCCAAUGUUUGCGUUAUCUCCAGGCAGGCUAGAUAAGGUGGACACUGAUGAUGCCUUUGAAAUGGCUUGCGUACUAAAGACCUUCACGAAUUGUAAAUACAUGCUUGAGAAUGGGGAGCGCUAUGAAAAUUUGUCUUGGCGUUUAUGGGCGCGUCAUUUGCAUAAAAUAAGGAUCUCUGAGCCUAUCACCCAGAUUGAUGUCUUGGAAACCAAGACAUCCGGAUUUAAUGCUGUGCCGGCACCUUUGUCGGAACCGGAACUUUCCACUGAUGAAUCAGUCUCGAGUGAAGAUGAAGAUGUAUGCAAAGCUGGGAAGAAUACCAUGAUUCCUUGCGCCGACAACGCAUUUAGCAUACUCACUCGCUCGGGAUGUACUCAAACGGAAGAAGGCACUGAACUUGAGAGACUUGCGUAUGAUGUAAAUUGUUGUUGGGAUUCUUCAUCCCUGUCACAUACGCAUGAUCUAUCAUAUUGUGCGCAGCUCAGUGACGGUGAGGAAACAAUCCAAGAGACUGAAUCCCGCGGGACAGGCACUCCGAUUUCUACGACUGGGACUAUUACUCCCCACAUUCGCUCGCGCGCCAACUCUACUUGUUUAUCGCCUCUGUCGCAAAACUUUGGAUCUAAGCUGAAUGAGGCCCACGAUACAAUCGCUUCGCAAAAUAAUCGCGCGAGUGCUCUCACGUCUGGAAAGUUGUAUGAUGGUGGAAAGCGUAUAUCAUCCCGAGGUAUGCCUUCUGCCAAUGACCCUAUUCAAGAGCGAUCAGUAAACACUAAUGCUUCACAACGUGAGAAAAAUUCGAGCUCUGCGACAAAGCUACAGCAGCUCGCGCCGCCACAGCUCCGCUCACGGCGACAGCGCUCUCUCAAGAGUAUGGACAACAUACCUGGCCUUCGUCAGUCCAAGUCCGCUAUUGCAAAAGCAGGAUGUGCAAAUAUAUUCUUAAACAAUACUAAUACCGAUGUUAAGAGUGAAAAGCCGAAAAAGAAAGGAAAAAUUGUGUUCAUGGUGGGUGGUGAUUCCGAAGAAGAUGAAACACCACAGGACGAUGACGACGCUUGGUCGAGUGAAGAGGAAGACGACACUUCCCGAGUUAAGAACAGCUCCGAGACUGAAUUUGCACGGAAAGCAGAAGAAGAGGAACGCGAGCGCGAAGAUAUGUUCAAAAAGAGGCCAAUUCGUUCAGUGAGUCUUGCGGAUCUGCCGCAUGCCACAUCUUCUAUGGUGCCUCCUUUGGAAGCAACCGCAACACGUGGUCUUCUUUCUACCAUUCUAAAGCCGUCCGAUCCAGAUUCCACAUUGUCGGCGCGAACGCGCACGCCGGCUAAUAAAACAAGUCAUUCUGCAUUAGCCGAUCAAAACGAUAUGAAUGACAGUGUAGGCCAUACAUCCAUGCCCACUUGCGUACCACGCGCACCGAGCUAUCAAAACAUAUGUCUUGGACAUUCUUCGAAGGACACCAUGAACCGCAGCAAGAGUGUGCUGGCUCUUCCGUUGCUAAAUCUAACAUCCUUACACUCGUGUACUUCAUCUGGACGUCCACCUUCUUCUCCCGUGACCGCCACCCCGUCCGAGUCCUCGCGGACAAUGACAAAACAAGGUAAUGGCGAAGCAGGUGCAACUUCGGGUCCUCAACGCGCGAAAAGCAAUUUGGCCUUGACGCGUCUUUCGGCCAUUGCGCAGCGUGGAUCGUCAGAAACGGAUCACAAAAAAAUCUCAUCUCUUGUGCGUUCAUACAGCGCUAUCGGUAAUUUGAUGACACCGAUCACGCGCUCCGAAUCGCCUCAGUGUAUGUCUACAGCCGAUGAAGAGAAUGAUGACGGCCUUUCGCUUGGUGUAAGGGCAGACGAUUAUCAGGCCCCGCGUGUUAAGCGAGUACCGCAACCCUCUAUGGAAUCAGGUCCGAUGGACAAGACCUUGUCCCCUAAGCGUAUGUCGCAAGUAUUGCCACAAGUCGCAAAUAAUCCGCAACAAGCCUUGCUUCAUGAUGAGCUCUCACAAAGUGUACGCGAUAAUCUCAUCUGGCAGCGCGAGUCGCGCGAACGUAUGCUGGGUCUGAAAGACAGAUGUAUGAAGUCGAAAGCAGAAUCUUCGACUAAUGCAACCGCACAUCCUCAGCGCAGAUCAACGAGCGUUCUGCAUCUGGAGCACUUCCGGCCACAUGAUGAUGAAGGAUCAUUCCAUCAUAAAGGAUGGUGA